AAACAUGUGACCAAGCCGUGAAAUCUAAAAAAAAAUAUGCUGAUUUUACAUUAGCAAGUGAUUAUCAAUCAUUUGAUACUGAUUUAUUCAUUGAAAAUUUUUCAAGAACUAAUAGCGACCUACCUGAGUCUCCACGAAGUGCAUUAAUUGAGCUUGAUCAAAAUGCUCAAAUGGAAGGGCAAAAAAAUCCAGAAAUCGAACCUGAAGAUCUGAAGCAAGUGGACCAUCCUUUCAAUGCUCGAUUUGCAAAAUAA